AUGGCUGAGCGCCCUGAUACGAGAUUGAAAGCCAAGACAAAGAAAGCGUCAACAGACAUUGCCAAGGGAAAGCCUGUAAAAAAGGUGGUGAAGCAACCAGUCAAGCAGGUGAAAAAACAGAAGGCUUCGACCAACACCGAGAAGCCUGCCAUCGCCAAAAAAAGCAAGUCAGUGCGCAUCCACGAGGUGCCGAAUGUCGUACAGUUUCCGUCGGACAAAUCGGCCUCUUCCUUGAGUGUUCCACGUAAGGCAAAAGCUACAACUGUGGUGGAUGCAGAUGAGGAUGACGAAAAUGAGAUGCUUAGUGGUUUCCCCGGUGACCCUGAGCACGAGGACGAGGACGACGAAGAAGAGGACGACGAAGGAGAGGAAGACGAUGAAGAAGACGAAGAAGAGGACGACGACCUUUUUUCCAAGCAUGCUAUCCCAACACUUGAUGAGGUUGUCAAGCUACCUAGCAGUCGCGACGAUGCUAGCGUUCGCAAGCGCCUAGAAAAGGCCAAAAGCAAGAAGCGGCUCGCGCCUAAUGACGAGGAGCCAGAAGAAACGGGCGUUGUUUACGUCGGAAGACUUCCUCAUGGCUUCUUUGAAGAUCAGCUGCGUGCAUACUUCUCUCAAUUUGGCGACAUUAAGCGACUGCGUCUGUCUCGGAACAAGAACACAGGUCGCUCCAAGCACUAUGGCUUUAUGGAAUUUGAGUCGCCUGACGUGGCAGAGAUCGUGGUCGACACCAUGAACAAUUAUUUACUGGAUGGUCAUCUGUUGCAGCUGGCUAUGAUUCCAUCUCAAGAAGUGGAUCCCAACCUAUGGAUUGGUGCCAACCGCAAGUUCCGUAGGGUGCCAAUGGACCGUGUCGAACGCAAGCGACGUUCAAAGUCGCGUUCUGCCGAGGAGCGUGCAGAAGUGAAUCGCAAGCUCUUGCAGCGUCAAAAGAAGCGCCGUGCUGCGCUGGCGCGUGCAGGUAUCAAGUACGAUUUUCCAGGAUACCAAUUUUGA